UAACAUGAACUACACCAAUAAGUGAGCUUUUCGCCCUCGUCGUCGUUUAUUUAGUCAAUAGUCAUUAUUAAUUUCUCGAUCUGUCCGUUUGAGGGCCCGCGUACUCGUCUCGUCCUCGAUCGUUACUUCACGAUCAAGACAACAACAACAACAACAAUAACAAUAACGACGAUAAAUUAAAGUGUUAUGUCGUCGUUCGCAAAACUGAUUUUUUUUCCCGAACACGACGAUGUAAUUACGCGUUUUUCUACGUCAUAAUACGUUCGUAUUAAUUGUUAACCGAUUCCAAAUAAUAGCACAUAAUAUAUCAGUUAGUCGAAUUAAAAAAAAAAGAAAAUAAACUACUCUUCUGUUCAUUGCAAAAUUGCGAUUUUCGCAUUCGAACAAUGUGGUGACUGGUGAGCUGCUGUUUGAAAAGACAUUAAUAUAAAUCGACUCGAAAUGCACUCUCCAGGAAUUCUGUCCGUGUCACGCAACUACUAGUUCGGGCAAUAAAUCUAACAACAUGGGAGCUAAAGAUUCGAAACCAAGCUGCAUAACUUAUGAGGAUGCAGUUAAAAGAAUUAAUGAUUCAGAAAUAAAGAGACUGAGAGAAGCGUUUAAAAGACUGUCGCCAGUAAAUGGAGCUAUUACUAAGCAUUCGUUCAUUAAAGAAGUACUUGGUGAUGGGGUACCACUAUCAAUUGCAGAAUAUAUAUAUUCAGCUUGUGGUGGUACUAUAAAAGGCAUUAUUUUCAAAGAUCUAGUUUGUGGAUUGGUACUUUUGACUCUGGGUACCAAUGAAGAAAAAUACAAAUUUCUAUUUAAUUUAUAUUCCAAUGAAAGUGAAAAUGUUAUUUUACGAGAUGAAUUUCAAAGACUUAUCCAAGGGUCUGAGUGUAUUUUUGUACCAGAACAUGUUCAAUUCUUAUUUUCAGAACAAGAUCGUGUCAAUUAUGAUGAAUUUAGAUCCUGGUUAACCAAACAUCCUGAUGCCACAUCAUUAAGUCGAUGGUUACUGUCAAAACCAUGUUCAGUUUCUCUUAGUAAUGAAUUAGAAAUGCCAACAUUCUAUCAAACGCUUGCUGGAGUAACUCAUUUGGAAGAAACAGAUAUCAUUGAAUUAGAAAAAUGUUACUGGUCAGUAAAAGGGGAAUCUUCUUCAGGCAAAUUAGAUUUAAAAACUUUGAUACCUUUGAUAAGUCCUCCAAUGCCAUUGAAUGUUUGCUCUGGUUUGUUUGCUGCUUUUGAUGAGAACAUGGAUGGUCAUAUAGAUUUUAAAGAAAUGGCUUGUGGUAUAUCAGCUGCUUGUAGAGGACCUUUAACUGAACGACAAAAAUUUUGUUUUAAAGUAUUUGAUACUGAUCAGGACGGAUAUUUAUCAAAAGAUGAAAUUUCUAAAAUGGUUGAUGUUAUGCUUUUCAUAUGUGAAGAUAAUAUAGCAACUCAGAAUAAAGCAGCUACUGACGAAUCAGUAAAAGAAAUUAUUGUAUCUGAUUUAAUCAAACGUUCUACUGACAAAGGUCUUGCAAUUGGAGAAUAUUUGAUGUGGACUGUUCACAAUUCGUUACCAAUGGAUUUUUUAAAUUUAAUUUUCCAAGUUUGCCAUAUUGUGUUUGGUUUGAGACCUAUAUCACGAGUUGAGGAGGGAGAAAUUGUAAAAGGCUGGUUAGAACGUGAAGAACGCAGAGGCUUAGCUGUUGGUCAGUUAUGGUAUUUGAUUUCAAUAGAUUGGUGGCGAAAUUGGAAUGAUUAUGUUUCAAAUACUUAUAAGAAUGGUGGGGAAAUGUCUAGCUAUUGUUCUUUUGAAAGUACUAAUUCUUUUUCAAAAACAUCAAGCUUAAAACUUACAUCGAAAAAAUCCCAAUCAUCUCUUGAAAACAGUAUUGCUCUUGAUAUAUCGUCUGUGGUUGUAACUGGAAUAACCUCUCUGGAUCCUAGUACUGGUGGUCAUCGAAGAGUUGGUUCAAUCACUUCUUAUUCGUCUUUGCAAGAAUCUCCAACCCAAUCCCCAAUCAUGAGUAGAAAAGUUAGUCUUAGCAAACCUGGUCCAAUAAACAAUUCUGGUCUUGUGUCUGUGCCAACCACAAAAGUAACAUCAUUGACAGGUGAAGGAGGUCAACUAAAACGAAAUAUGCUGUUACGUGGCAGAGAUUUUCAGUUGGUUCCCAGCUCUUUAUGGAAAGCACUUGUACAGUGGUAUAGAGGUUCACCUGCACUUCCUAGACAAGUAAUUCAGUCUAAUCGAGGUUCAGGAGAAACCGAGUUGGAACUCUACCCAUUAAAUUUAAGGCUAUUAAAACAUCAUAAUGGUACCUUGAGUAACGGGACAGGUCCUAAUUCUAAUGUGGCGAGAGCACCUACGCCUAAUACAGGAUCAUGGUCAGGAUUAGUGGGUGGUUAUGGUGCAGCAGCAUUAAGUUCUACCGGUUACAAUUAUGUAUCAAAUUUAGUGAAUUCUAUGCCACGACGAUACCUUGCAUAUACUGCAUCUUUCAGCAAGCUAUCUACUGUUAAACAUGUAUAUGAUUUUCUUUGUAUUAGACUGAAAUUAAAAGCAGAAGAUAUGAGGCUUUGGCAUUUUCAUGAUGAGAAUAAUAUGGUAUUAAUUGAAGAUGAAGAUCAAACUUUAGAAGAACUAGGUGUAUGUGAUGAAGAUCAAAUAAUUAUAGAAAUAAGAAACAAAGAUUUGACAUGGCCCGAAGAAAUCGGUUCUCUCUCUAUUAACUCUGGUGAUAAAUGUAAACAAUUACCUGCAGAAAAAGGAGCUACUGGUCUAAACAAUUUAGGUAAUACUUGUUUUAUGAAUGCUGCUUUACAGUGUGUAAGCAAUACUAGACUUCUUACACAAUAUUUUAUCAAUGAUAUGCAUCUCUAUGAAUUAAAUCGGACUAAUCCAUUAGGUAUGAAAGGAUGUAUUGCAAAACGUUAUGGUGAUCUUAUUCAUGAAAUUUGGAGAGGAACCGCUAAAACUAUAGCACCUCUUAAAUUAAGAUGGACAAUUGGAAAAUAUGCACCACGUUUUAAUGGUUUUCAACAACAUGAUUCUCAAGAACUACUUGCCUUCUUAUUAGAUGGUUUACAUGAAGAUCUGAACCGAGUACACGGAAAGCCAUAUUCUGAAUUAACAGAUAGUGAAGGGAGACCCGAUGUCACGGUUGCAGAAGAGGCAUGGGAAAAUCAUAUUGUGAGAAAUAAAUCGAUCGUGGUAGACUUAUUUCAUGGUCAAUUAAAAUCAAAGGUUACUUGUAAAAAAUGUGGCCACGAGUCUGUUAGAUUUGAUCCAUUUAAUUAUUUAUCAUUGCCUUUACCGAUGGAAUCAUAUGUGUGUCUCCAAGUUAUUGUUAUUAAAUUGGAUGGAACAGUUCCUGUUAAAUAUGGUCUACGGAUGAAUGCUGACGAUAAACAUUCUGUUGUUAAAUCAAAACUUUCUUCACUAAGUGGUAUUUCCGCCAAUAAUUUAAAACUUGCAGAAAUAAUCGGAGCACAAAUUAAAAAUAUAAUUGUUGAUGAACAAAAAGUAAAACCUGGAAGUUUAUUGUAUGCAUACGAGCUACCUCCACCUACAUCAGUUGGUCCUGGUUCAGAAGUAUCUGGCGAUGAGGAGCGUUCGUCCAUUUGUUCAAUUAAAUCUGGUACUCAAAGAGAAGCUGCCCAAACAUUUACCACUAUACAACGAACUGUUAGACCAGGAAAUACAUUAGUGCAAUCAAAUGGCAAUCGUACCAGUAGUUUAAAUGAAGACAUAUCAACAACUGAUAAUACUGAUAGUAUUGGUGGAUCUCAAAUGGACACAGAUAUCAAUUUAGAAGAACCUAUUCAUACCACAAUGGCAGACAGUGGGAAUUGCAGUGCAAGUAGUUUUAGUUUGACUGAUAGUGGUGAUAUAAUUCAUCAGACUCCCAAUUAUGUUGUAGCAUUGCAUCGGAAAAUGAUCAGACAAGAUGUGUAUUUUAUAUCUGCUCAUAAAAGUAAACCUAGUAUUUUUGGUUUACCAAUAAUAUUACCAUGUAAUGAAUCUACCACAAAUCAAGAUCUUUAUCAAGCUGUUUGGCUACAAGUAGCUAGAUUAGUAUCACCUUUACCACCAUCUGAAUCUACAGUACCCAAUCAUGCUAUGGACUGUGAUGAUAGUCUUGGCUAUGAAUUUCCUUUUGUUCUGAAAGCCGUUAAUAGAGAAGGAACACUAUGUGCAUGGUGCCCUUGGUAUCGGUUCUGUCGAGGAUGUACAAUUUUAUGUUGUGAUACUGAUUUUAAUUUCGCUGCAAACCAUAUUGCUAUAGACUGGGACCCAACAGCAUUACAUUUGCGGUAUCAAACCUCCCAAGAGUCUGAACAUGAAUGUAUUGGCGAGUCUCAGUGUUCACAUACAGAACCAAUAAGUCUUGAAUCAUGCCUUGCGGCAUUCACCAAAGAAGAACAACUUAGUGAAGCUGAAAAGUAUUAUUGCUCUACUUGCCAAGACCACCAAUUAGCAUCUAAAAAAUUACAAAUUUGGAGAUUACCUCCAAUUUUAAUUGUUCAUCUGAAACGAUUUCAAUACCUCCAGGGAAAAUGGGUAAAAUCACAUAAAGUGGUAAAAUUCCCUUAUAAAGAUUUUGAUCCUACGGAUUAUUUGGCUUCAGUUCCAAAACAUACUGUUUUAAGGAACAAAGAGCUACUAGACACGACUAAAAAUCUAAAAGAGCAGUAUCCAUCAAACAAAGAAGAUUUACAACCUGCAUUAUUAAAUACAGAUGAUGAUGAUGGUCCAUUUACGAAUGUCAAUAGUCGCCUAAACGAACUGGAAGGUUCACAACGAAAAAGAUUAGAGUCCACGUCUCUUUUGCGUACACCAAUAGAUGAUAAAGCUUUACAAGAUUUUCAUCAACAUAAGCUAGCUUGUGAAUUUAACCCAUUAGAUUUGAAGUACAACUUAUAUGCUGUUGUGUGUCACUCUGGAAUUCUGGGAGGCGGUCAUUACGUAUCGUAUGCUUGCAAUCCUAAUGGAAAAUGGUACUGUUAUAAUGACAGUAGUUGUAAGGAAGUCACUGGUGAGAUAGAUACAAGUGGAGCUUAUAUGUUGUUUUAUGAACGCGAAGGUCUUUGUCAUAACCAGUAUAUGCCCAAUGUGUUUGGACGUGUCCCUGUUGAUGUUAAGGACCUUGAUCAAGAUUUUGAUUCUGACUUGAAAAAAGUUUGUACUAUGAUGUGAUCUUUGAGCUUAUAUAUAUUUUAUAAAUCAAUGAAAAUGAUUUAUUGCAAUAUUUUUACACAAGCUUUGUUUGUUACUUUUAU